GAGAGAGAGAGAGAGAGAGAGGGAGAGAGGAGCCUUUGAUAAGAAAAAGAUUAAGAAAAAUAAGCCCUUAUUGAAGUCGAGAAAGUAGUAUAUAUGAAUGGAACGUGUUACAUCUCGACGAACCUUAUUGUAUAUUUACUUCUCGCCUCGACACGUAAACAUACAUACAUACAUACAUUUAACGGAUACAUCGCGUAUGUACAUAUUACAUAUAAAGAAGGUAAUGUAAUUUGUACGCAGAAUAAUUAUCAUUGCCUUGUUAUUAUUAAUCGCAUUGAAAUUUACAAAGAUGAAAGGUUCUAAGUGUCAAAGAGAUGUCUAAAGUAUUGAGAACACAGAGCGUCUUACCAAAGUUACUAAAAUUAAAAUGUAGAGAAAGCGUGACAGAGAGAAAGAGAGCAAGAGAGGGGGGGAGAGAGAGAGAGAGAGAGAAUGAAAGGAAGAAAGAAAGAGCGAACGUGGUCACAUUUCCGAAUCUUUCUAAAUAAACAAAUUUAAUAAUGUAAAUAUAUAUAAGUAACGAGCGAAAAUGAUAUUUUCUUUGUAUUUCGAUACUUAGCACCUUUCGCACUUUGCCUUCCUGAAAUUGCUUGAAGUAAAUAAAACAUCUCCGUUUCGUACUGUAUGCAAUACCUAUAUACAUACAUACAUAUGUAAUCUUGAAUUUGUAUGUACAUAUAUAAGUGCGCGAUCCCAAUUGGGUAACACGUAAGCUAAAGGAACGAGACCGUAAACAUCCUAUCGUAACGUUCCAUCGUUUAGGAAACUAUUCAUUGCUCGUAAAUGAAAGGUCAACGGAAUCCUUGAUGACGAUUCGACAAAUGUGCUCUACGCAAUUCUUGGAAAAAUAACGUCAGGGUUGAAAAGAUAAAAUUCAUUCUUAACUUGCGAGCGACGCUAACAAGAAGGCAGCUGAAACAUAUUUUUCAAAACCGUCGUGAAAUUGUAUGGGACGUGUACUCGGCUUAUUUGACGCACGUUAUACGAAUCUAUACACCCACACGUACACACACGCGCGCGCGCGCACACACAUACAAGUACAUUUUCUGCACAUUAUUUCUCAUCCGAUCGUGUGUAUUCAGCUUUAUCUAGUCUUUAAAGGUGUGCAUGGAAUUUUUAAUCGUUCGCGGAGCCCCUGUAAAUUCGCAGAAGAGAUUUUUUUUUUGUCGUCGUUUUAUCGAAUGCGAUUUGCCAUCGUCUUAUCGUGGCAUUCAAAUUUGACAUUUUAUCAAGAACUAAUCAAACGUUAACUGUACGAUCGCACGAAAUUGUUCCAAUUAUCGAAAAUUAUUGAAAAUUAUGAGACAACGUUUUUCGUUUCGAUUCGUUCGAAUUUAUUGAAAUGUAUUGAAAAGACUGGCAAAUGGUAUUUCUUCGAGGCAAAGAUCGAGAAGACGUAGAAAAGGAGGAGAAAAGGAAGAGAGAAGAAUGUCACUUAUUUUAGACGGAGAGACCGAACGAUCGCAAUAUAAUUCGUGUUUCUUCGUAUAAACGAAUGAAAGAUUAGACGAAAAUUUGAAAUUAUUAAUCGUAUUAAUUUUUUGUUAGAGAGAGAGAGAGAGACGUUAUGACGCGUAUAGAGACACGUAGGGACAAGAGAGCGAGCGUGUGUCUAAAUAAUUGAAUGAAUGGAACGAGACAUAUAUUGUAUUAUAUUAAAUGAAACAGAUAUUGUUUAAAUAAAAUUGAUAUACAUAACGGUUAGCAUCUUGUCAAUCUUUUCAGGUUCUUCCGCUAACGCGUAGAUCACUGUCGCAACGCAACGAUUUUAUUUUCCGAAAGCGAGAAAGAUGCGUAAAAAGUAGUUACGCGACAAGAAAAUUUAUCAAAUUUCCUUCUUUCUACUGUCCAUUAAUAUUCGUAAUUAGAUAAUUCGUCAAAACGUCUUACCAUCGACUUUUUCUAGAUACGUAAAGUUCGUUUGAACUAACGCCGAUUGCCGCGAAAAUUUAUGGCCAAUCGGAAAGCACCUUUUUUCGAGUCGAGAACGAGAACUUUUAAAAAUCAAGCCAUCAACGGCAGUCACCUUGUUUGUUUCCCGAACUUUGUUCCUCGUCGACGUUAACUUUCGCCCGCUUUUUUCAAUCUUUUCUUUUUUUUUUUGCUAUCGUAUGUUAACAGUCGAUAAAAGGAAAGAGAUCGAAAUAAUAGUGUAAUAACGAAAGACGCGUCGAUGUCUAACGAAAGUAACCUUACUUGGCGCGUUAACGGCCAAGAUGAGCGCGGAUUCCAUUCGAACGAGCACCACCAGCCGAAUUCAACCGACGUAGAAAUGUUCCCUUUAAAUUCUACACUCGAGAGCAACUCGAGGGCAACUAAAGAGGAGAGGCAACAAGCUUCGCCCAGAACAAGUUUCUUCUCUCGUCUUCUUCCUUGUCAGCGAAAGAUUGCGAAUGGCGGUAAAAUGCAGCGCGCAACCGGAAUAAAAGGGAAUCUGCGAUUGGCAUCGCUGUCUGAGAAUUGGAAGAGAGAGAACGCUCGAAGGAAUCGAGCGACGAUCGAGGACGUCGGAAUUAAAAAUGGAAGUGAUCUUUGGAUCGAGAGGAACGAUCGAGAGUUUGCGAUAGAGGGUCGACGAGCUUGCACACGAGCUGGAAAUGCGCUUCGUACAUUUCGAGAGGAUCUCCUAGGAGGGAAGAGAGACCGAGUGGAGGAUCGGUCGAAAUAAUGCGAGCGAAGCGCAUCAGAAAGGAAAUCCGCUUCAGAUUGCUCAGGUACCGAGAAGAGUGCGUCGAGUGUCGAAAGAACUCCUGUCCCAUCAACGGGAGACGCCUGGAGGAGAGGGAAGAAGGGACGAACGAGGAAGAGGAAGAAGAGAGACUGAAAAAGGAAAAAAAACAUAUAUACCUACGCUUCUUUUUUUCUCCUUUUUUUGUUUCUUUUUCCUUUUCUUUUUACUUUCUCAACUGGCUGUGAUUUUGACUCAUAGAAAUCGUCUAGCCGUGAACGUGUUCCACGCGUAGAACCUCUUUUUCAAAGGCUGAUUAAAAAAAGAGAAAAAAGAAAAAAAAGGAGAGAGAGAGAGAGAGAGAGA